UUCUGAGUGUCAUUACAGGUCGCUAGCUGCUAAAACAAUCAGGCGCUAGCUAUGUUUAUUUGAGCACUGUAGUUUAAAACCUUGCAAAAUGAGUUCUUCUGACGAAAGAUGUAAAGGCACAAAACGAUCUGCAUCUCCAAAUGAAACAGGAUCCACACAAUGGGCAUCAGCAGAUUUGGGGACAGACGAAAGGAAGCAGAAGUUUUUGAGGCUGAUGGGAGCAGGAAAGAAAGAGCACACUGGACGCCUUGUUAUUGGGGAUCACAAAUCGACGUCUCAUUUCCGAAGUGGGGCAGAGGAUCAGAAGAUCACCAGUGAGCUGGAGAACCAGUAUCGGCAGGGUCUGGAUGGGAAGCUUUCAGGAAGGAACAGAAGACACUGUGGUCUGGGAUUUAGUGAGCCCGAUCCACCAGCUGAGAUUCAGAGCACUGCUGCCUCAGAGCAAUCACAGAGUUCAGAUAAGACCCCUGAGCAACCAUCAGAACAACACAAGGAAGAGAAAACACUUUCUUCUGACACAGAUCUCAAGAAACAGGAGCAGGACCAGCACACAAACUCAAAGGAGGACAAGAAAAAGACUUUGAAAAAGGCAUUUGUGAAAGCAACAUAAAUAGGAGUGAAAGAGAUUUUUUGUUGUUAUAAUCUUUUCAUCUCCUAAAGUGUUUACUUUAGUAAGCUGUAAUUCACUCAGAAUGAUGGUACAUUUUUGAAAUUUCCUUAACUUGUGUUUUUCAAUUUUAAACGUCAUUUUGUUGGUGCCAAGUUAUUUGGACGUGCAAGGAACCAUUUGUUCUCUCCAUAUCAAAUGAAUUAUUCACCCACAGAUGAAAGUUCUGUCAUCGUCUACUCACCCUCAUGUUGUUCGAAACCCAGAUCAUUUCUAAUGACAUGAGGGCAAAGGGAAAAAAAAUUAUAUGGGUUUCGAAAGACAUGAAGGUGUGUAGAUGAUAACAGGAAUUUCAUUUCUGGGGAACUUCUACUUUAAGCAGGAUCGUUUACAAAUGAUCAGCUCUGCUAUUAGUAAAGAAGAACCAAAUGGAGGGAAUUUACAGACAAAAAUCAUGUCAUUUGUGUGUAUUAAAAGGAGUAUGAAAUGCUUGAGAGCAAUAAAGAGUUAAAUGAGGUUCUGUGGUUAGAAUUGAGAUCUUAAAAUCAGUAUCUUGCAGAUAUUUUUCAAAUAAGUGUAUCCACCUUAUUUUGUAACACGGAAGUAAGCAGCGGCUGCAUUUCCGGCGAAUGUAUAAAAGUUCCACUGUUAUUGAUUAAUACCAGAAUUUAGUGACAUAAGUUUAUAAACUAUCACAAAACCACAGGAUUUACAGCAGAAUGAUGGCGUAAUGUCGGAUAAUUUUCGAACUUAAGCAUUUAUAGUAAAAGAGUAAGUGAAUCAUUUACUUGUUGCUGUAUGUUGUAUUGAAGAGACGAUAAUAAAAUCUGCUUCUUAUUUUACCGAGA